UCCAUUGAAAACGUAUGCUGUAUAAUCAGCACCAGCACCGAGAAUCACCUUCAUCAUCGCCCUUUUUUAAAAGGAACACCGAACAUCCAACAGACAGGUUCCUUCGCGUCAUCUCCGUUGGGUCGGGUCGGAGUUAAAAAGGGAGAUGGAGAGGGUCUUAGAAGAGACAAAAACGUCUCUCCCUCGUUCUUUGUUAAUAACUCUUCUGCAACUCUACUGAGCUUUCCUUCUUUCUACCGUUUUCAAGCGUCAUUUGCAUCUGGGUUCGGUCAUGGCAGCUGCCCUCGAAUGCUGGACUAGCCGGACCAGCACUGACGAAGAUAUGGUAGAGCAAGUUCUCAUGAAAACGAAUGAUAGAUCAGAGGGCUUUCCGGCAACUUCCUCGGCUGCCGCCGGCAAGGAAUCCUCUGCUGUGCAGAAGAAAUUGCAGCGUCUAGGGCGCAAUGUCGCCGGAGCGAUCACAACGCUCAAGAACUCCCUGAAUCUCGACUCGGUUCGCGAACCACCCUCGACUGGGAUGCAGAGUAGCCGAAAGCUUGUGUGGGGUAGCGUCUUGCGGAAUCUCACACAACUCUAUCCUGGUAGCCAGCUCCCAGAGAGGCUCAUCUCCAAUAUUCGGAAGCAUUUUGACUCCUUACCGCUCAGUUAUGCACAGGCGAGUUUCGACAUGAAAGAUGUUUUCCUUCAUAUUCGAAUGCUCGAGCAGGCAGCUGUGGAUGACCACCCUGCGAUUUUUAUUCAAGAAGUGUCUGACGAUGAAGUCCAAGGAUCUGUUUUCAAGAUCACAUUUGCCUGUACCUCUUCUAUUUCAUUGCCGGCCAUGUCGGGGGCACUUGAUAGUGCGGCCAUUUGCUGUAAGAAGAUCCAGAUCUUUGAGAAAAAGGGUUUUUCUCUCGGGAUUGUUCUUGUUCUGGUUCAAUCCGGGCAAGAGAAAUCCUUCAAGACCCGGGUCGAGACUGCCCUGAAAUCUGCUUUGAAGAAGCCAAAACCCACCGCUAUGAAGCUCCCAUUCGGUCUCUGUGGUUGCCAAGAGGAGAACACUAAGGGCCGAGAAAUUGAAGAGAUCGACGUUGACAAGGACGAACACAGUCAAGGAAAUAGCACCGAGAACUCGAAUCAUAAGGUUCAGCUUCAGAAUCCCCUGCCGGUUACACCCUUCAUUGUCUCUGUUGAUGAGUGGCAGACAGUCCUGUCCGGUGGAGAAGAGAUUGAGAGAUGGCAUUUGAACCCAGAUCAUAUUGAGUUCCUAGAUCAGAUCGGAGCGAAUUCUUUCAAGGGAGUUUACAAGGGCAAGCGGGUUGCGAUGGAGAAGAUCAGAGGAUGCGAGAAAGGAAGUGCUUAUGAAUUUGAGCUCAGAAGAGAUCUUUUGGAGCUGAUGAGUUGUGGGCACAAGAAUAUUUUACAGUUCCACGGCGUUUGCAUCGAAGAAAAUCAUGGGCUGUGCGUGGUGACUAAGCUGAUGGAAGGGGGUUCUGUCCAUGACAUCAUUCAAAAGAAAAAAAAGCUUCAGACUAAGGAGAUUAUAAGAAUUGCCAUUGAUAUUGCAGAAGGGUUGAAGUUCAUGAACGAUAAUGGUGUCGCAUACAGAGACUUAAACACACAGAGGAUCCUAUUGGACAAGCAGGGGAAUGCUUGCCUUGGGGACAUGGGAAUUGUGACAGCUUGCAAGAAUACUGGAGAGGUGACGGAGUAUGAAACUGACGGUUACCGGUGGCUUGCUCCGGAGAUUAUUGCAGGUGAUCCAGAGAGUGUAAGCGAGACAUGGAUGAGCAAUGUGUAUAGUUUUGGGAUGGUUAUCUGGGAGAUGGUAACAGGGGAGGCAGCUUAUGCGGCAUAUUCGCCUGUUCAGGCAGCUGUUGGGAUUGCUGCUUCCGGGCUGAGACCAGAUGUUCCCAAGGAUUGUCCACAAGUCUUGCGGUCGUUGAUGAUGAAAUGUUGGAAUAAUUCCCCGUCCAAGCGCCCACAGUUUUCUGAAAUCGUCGCUCUAUUGCUAAGGCCCAACAACAACAACAGCAAUUGCCACAAUAGGUGAUGGGAGGUAUUGCAUCGUGGAAACUAAUCUACGAAUAUUAGUAAUUUGUGUAAAAACUAAGAAGAGCUCUUAUGAGGAAUUCUCAUGCCCAAAUGUAGAUUAGAAAAUUAUGUUCUCCCUUUCUUUCCCAUAAAUGAAUAUACAUAAUCAGAUUCUCUCUUCUCUCUCUAAAAGAAAAACAUACACAGAGAAAUCAUACGCUUGGUAACACAAAAUAUCUAUAUUAACUUUAUUUUCUUGUGGGUGUUCUCAUUUUUCUUGGUUGUUUGUGAUGUUAACUUUCCCAUAAAUGAUUGUAAUAAUUUUUCUUAGGCUUUCGUUGGCUUCUCUUGGUUGUUUGUGAUGUUUCAGUUGGAAAUGUCUUGAUGUUUUUGUUGAUUUCA